AUGAAGUUGGCUUCUGCCACGAAUGCCUUCUUACAGAUUACAUCAAUCCAGCCUCGAAUUAGCUGUGGCGCGGUGUGUCGUUCUCCUGACAUCAGCAAUUGGGAAGGUGUCGCAUCUUCGACAGAGAAGUCAAACUGGUUAGCAAUCGCGAAAGACGACGUCAUAGUCCUGCCGGGACAAGCAGCAUAUUCACAUACGUCUCGUGAAGGAAGAGUCGGACGAUUGGAUAUGGUAGUGUCCCCAAUUGGUCACUAUUGCCUUCAAUAA